AUGCCAUCGAAAGUCAUAGACGCUGCAACAGCGAGAGCGGAACUAGUUAGUAAAGGAAUGCUCAUCCCAGCAGCAGGAGCCACCAUCAACGACCUAGUAAACGCACUCUUCGAAUUCACGAUCAGCACCCCAGGAGUCACGCAACUGCAAAGAGAUAUGCUAAGAGCCAUAGCUAUCCUCCUCGGAAAAGCCGACCAUGAACAGAAAGCAAAGAAGAUAGCGGAAACAACCUCCUUCCAUAUGACUGGCGCCAUCGAACGUCUCGAGAAGGCAGCGGACUCCCACGAAGGAAAGAUAACGGCCCUGGACAGUUUCAUAAACGAGGUGCGUGAUUCAAUUGAUAGCGCCAUGUCAAGGUUAGAGAAAGCAGUGGAGAACACGACCUCUAAUGCGACCGAGUCCCAAUCCACUCAGAGGGUAGAACAGAACGGAGACCCAGGGAAAUCAUAUGCGAAAGCCCUACAAGCCAGGUUACCCAAGCCUGACUCUAGCACUCUCGCACGUAGCGAAGCCCAAACGAGGCAAAUCCUGAUAGACCGCAAAUCAAUGGAUGUAACCUCAGGUCUAAAGGACCUAACAGAGGCGGAACUUGUCCGCAAGGCGAACCAAGCCCUAGAAGGGAUGAAAGCGACAGGAAAGGAAGUCCCCCAGGAAGCCCUAUUCACGAGCGCAAGAAAGCUCCGUCACGGAGGAGUUAUCUUCGAGGUUGACAGUACUGACACCAAAGCCUGGCUCUCAUGUCAGAGCACUAGCCAAGAUUUCAGUGAAAAUUUCGGAGGCGAAACGAUGAUCAAGAACAGGACCUUUCAAAUCAUAGCAGAAUACGUACCGACUACCUUCAACCCGGACUCAUCAACCUCACUCGCCGAAACGGAAAAGAAUAGCAAACUUCAGCCAGGAUCACUCAUCAAAGCGAAAUGGAUCAAGCCCCUAGCACGCCGCAACCCAAACCAACGCUCAGCAUUCUGCACCCUCUCAUGCAAGGACCGAGAAAGCGCCAACCACGCAAUCCGACUGGGACUCACCAUCGAAGGACGCAAGAUCGCGGUCCGCAAACUAUUACCUGAGCCCACACGCUGCCUGAAAUGCCAACAACUCACCAGCGAUCAUAUGGCAGCAACAUGUAGCCAAGAAACUGACACCUGCGGUACUUGCGGACUAGACCAUCGAACAUCGGAAUGCGACUUCGGAACAGCGGACCCUCAACACCACUACUGCGUCAACUGUGGACUUCAAGGACAUGCGUCAUGGAGCAGAGACUGCCCUUGCUUCAUUGAACGCAGCAACAAGAUGCAUGGUAAAUCGGAAGAAGCACGAUACAAGUUCUUCCCAACAGAGGAUGACCCAGAGUCGUGGGAGAUCAUAGGCGAAGCCAACCCAAGACCCACUCAGCAACAACCAUUCACCCACUGGACUCAGAGCGCUACCCAUGAAGCAGAAUACGGACGAGCAAGAAACCAACCCAACAACCAAAACUGGACGAGAGUGGAACGCAACAAGGGCAAGUCAAGAAGCCAGCCACAGACAAGAACACGCGACCAGGGAUGGCCAAACCAACGAGGACCCGCGCAACCAUCCCAACCCGGAGCAAGACAAACCAGGAUCACGGACCUCUUCUCCAAUCAGGAAAACAACGGUAACACUGACCCUUCCAGAUAUCACAGCAGAACCCCUCCCACGAACCAAUCUCAACGCCCCGGAACCCCACCAACUCGCACAUCUCCAUUCCCCCCGCCACCCGGAUCAACUCACCCGACAAACGCAUCAAUCCCAGGAAGCUUCUCACCCAUGCCUGUCUCAUGA